CAAACCAACGGGAUUGACCUGUACGGCGACGAAUCCCUCGGUGUUUGACACGCUAUUGUAGGUAGUAUGUAGGUAAGCGAGGAGACUGACGUCUAUCUAUUGACAAUGAGAGCAAGCAGAUGAUGUAUAGUAUUGAAAAACGUGCAGACCAUGUGAGAUGUGGAUGUGCUUCAUGAUAGCGGAAUUUAUAUUGAAUUAGAUUGGAUUUUUACAUGAUUUCGCGAAAACUGUCUACAAUUUGGUGGUUCGCAUAAAUUUGGAAGCUAGGGAUUGCGGCAAAGAAUUAUUUGAUGGUGUAAAUCUCACACUUGUUUUUCUCUUAUAAAAUCUGCGAUCUUCGUUUAGAAACCGCUUUCGGGCCGUGCGUAGGAUAAACGAUUAAGGGGAAAAUUAAUGUAAGAUUCACUAAAUGCGUAACCUCAAACGAAAUUAAAAUACAUCUAUAUUUGCAGCUUUGAGCGCAUAAACCACAAUCGCUUCAGAGAAGUUUUUCUACCCGAUCACAGUCCGAACAAUCUCAAAGAUUAAUUUCGGAAGCGCACGAUGGCCCAUAAGCAGCCGAUGAACGACAGCUAUUGCCUGUGCGAGUUGUGCCAGCAAUCACCCUCCGCUGAUCAUGGUAUGGUGGCAUGCGACGAAUGUGGAAAGUGGUUCCACUACAUGUGCGCUAACGUCGACGAGUCGAUAAAAGACCAUCCCUGGUGCUGUGAGGGAUGCCUGCUGGUGAGAUCUCGACGGCAUCGAAGCGGAGGUAGUUCCACGUCAUCGAGACGCCGAUUCCGGGAGCUGGAACUUAAACGGCUGGAUGAGGAAUACGCUCUGCAACAAGAGUACAUGCGGAAACGGUAUGAGGUGAUGGCAUCGUGUCUUGAGGACGACGAAGAGGACGAUAGUGAGGGCGGUAGUAUGGUGUACAGCAGCGUAAGUAGGACAAGAAAGUGGAUCAAGAGUCAGCGAGAGGCCGAGGGGAAUUUUGGUCCCGGUAAGGCCUAUAGUUUGCCUUCGAUCCCGCAUGAAGGUCCUAGCAACGUUGUAGGCCACGGAGCGUCCUACACAAUUACACCUUUAGGUCGCCCGGAAUCGAGAUUGCCAGCUCGAAAGAAUGCUGUUGCAGCCGGAAUCCCACUUGAAGGUAGUAUGCCGCGUUAUAUACCGUCCCUUGCUGACCCUGUGGGGUCCGUGUCGAGUCCACACGGGCUGGGGCGGAGUCAACCACCAAGUCAAGCAUCAUAUCGUGGAGGCUCGUCGGUCAUGCCGGCCCGGCAGCAAAUAGUCCCGCCAGGUUCGAUUGAGCUGGAUCAUCCCGGUAUGGAAAAUUCCAAUCCGCAAGCGCCGAUGAUGAAUCAGUCGUUAGUUCCGAGACAAUCGCGAUCCAGUCCGGUGAUCAGACUGCAGGGUGGUCCAACUCCAGCUCAAAUUUCAGCUAGGCAAGUAUGGCCGAAACGAUUGCCGGCGUUUUCUGGAGCGGCGGAGGAGUGGCCCAUCUUCAUUAGUUCGUAUGAGAGCUCGAACACCGCAUGCGGAUUUUCCGAGGUGGAAAACCUCAUUAGGCUGCAGGAGAGCCUAAAGGGACCGGCGCUAGAGAUGGUCCGCAGCAGGCUGGUGCUACCGGCGAACGUACCGAAGGUUGUAGAAACUUUGCGUCGUGUCUACGGGAAACCAGAAGUGCUCAUACGGUCGCUGAUCUCAAAGGUACGAAUGAUAGAUCCGCCGAAAUCUGAUCGCUUGGAUACUAUCAUUAAAUUCGGGAUUGCCGUGCAACAAUUGUGCGACCACUUGGACGCCGCCAAUCAACAAGACCACCUCCGAAAUCCCGUGCUGUUGGAGGAGAUGGUGGAGAAGUUGCCUGCCAGUUUCAAGUUGGAGUGGGUACGCUUCAAGAAGGAUGAAAAUCAAGUGUCUAUCCGCACCUUCGGCGACUUCAUGGAGAAGCUGGUAGACGAAGCUAGUGAGGUGACACUUUUAAAUACGCCGCCUGAACCCGCGAUGAAACCGGAGAGAAAAUCGUCAACGAAGCCGAAAGGGUUCGUACACACGCACAGUGAUGCGGUACCGAAUGUUACAACUAAAACUGAAGCUGUUAAGUUGGGCGAUGACAAGUUGUGCGCGACAUGCUCUAAAGCCGGGCACCGCGCGCGGAAUUGUGAGGAGUUCAAAAGGCUGGCACCGAACGAACGUCUUCGACUAGUAAGAGAUCGGCAGCUGUGCGGCGUGUGUUUGUAUAGUCAUGGCAGCAUGCGUUGUCGCAACAAGAUGCUGUGUAACGUUCCGGGCUGUAAUGCAAAACACCAUGCUCUACUACACCAGGCUGAGAAACCGGAAGAAUUGAAUUGCAUGGUGCAUCAGCGAAUCAACAAAUCCUCUGUCGUCUUUCGCGUCGUACCAGUCACCCUCAUCAACGGGUCGAAGGAAGUUGCAACCUUUGCCUUCUUGGACGAGGGCUCGUCCAGAACACUAUUGGAGAGCAGCAUGGCGAAGAAGCUGGGACUUAAAGGAGCGGUCAGACCACUGGAUCUGAAAUGGACUUCGGGCGUUACCAGGACUGAAAAGGCAUCAAUGAGCGUACGCCUGACGGUGUCAGGGAAAGGAUCACCCACGCGAUAUUUGCUGGAAGAUGUGCACACCGUAGAACGAUUGAAUUUGCCCAAACAGAGCGUGAACUUCACUGACUUGAUUGCGAAGUUCGAACAUCUCCAAGAACUGUUUGUCGAGGAUCAAGUGAACGCGGAACCUACUAUCUUGAUCGGCUCAGACAAUAUCGACUUGAUGGCUCCGAUGGAAUCGCGAAUUGGGAGAACUGGAGAACCAGUCGGUCUGCGCUGUAAGCUUGGAUGGACAAUUAGCGGACCUGUUACUUCAAGCGGUUCAGAAGGAUACUGCGGCGUGCAUCAAUGCGAUCUGUCGAUGGAUCAAUCGUUGAAGAACUACUUCACCAUGGAAGAGGCUGGGAUUGCUUGCCCGUAUCGCGUAGAAUCGGAGGAAGACCGCAGGGCGCGAGAAAUAUUGGAGGCUACUACGAAGCGUGUCGGAAAUCGGUUCGAAACCGGUCUUUUGUGGCGUACCGACAAAAUUCAGAUGCCGGACAGCUACUCCAUGGCGUACCGCCGAAUGCAAAGUUUGGAGCAACGUUUCCGGAAGAAUCCGGACCUGCAACUGAAGGUCGCCGAAGCGGUCGAAGGAUUCAUUGAAAAAGGGUAUGCCCACAAAGCGUUACCUGGUGAACUUCGUAGCAGCAAACCGGGGCAAGAGUGGUACUUGCCCCUAAACGUAGUGGUCAAUCCAAAGAAACCAGGGAAGAUUCGGCUAACGUUGGAUGCUGCUGCCAAGGCGGGCGGCACUUCUCUUAAUGAUAUGCUGCUCAAGGGCCCAGACAUGCUCGUAUCCCUGCUCGACAUCAUUAACUGCUUCAGAGGUCGGCGAAUCGGAUUCGGAGGCGACGUGAAGGAAAUGUUUUUACAGAUCCGAAUGCGUCAACCAGAUACCCGUUUUCAAAAGUUUCUUUUCCGACAAGACACUUCCAGAGAUCCUGACGUGUACGUCAUGGACGUCGUCAUUUUCGGAGCUAAGUGCUCACCGUGCAACGCUCACUUCACGAAGGACACUAAUGCACGUGAGCAUGCUGGUCAGUUUCCAGCCGCCGCAGAUGCCAUCCUCAAGCGUCAUUAUGUCGAUGACUAUUUUGAUAGUGCGGACAGCGAAGACGAGGCGAUUCAGCGAGCACGGGAAGUAAGGGAAGUUCAUUCGCUCGGAGGGUUUGACAUCCGUAAUUGGGUGAGUAAUUCACCUAAAGUACUCACGGCGCUGGGAGAGGAAAGUAGGUCCACUAAGGCACUUUGUUAUGACAAAUCGAUGGAAUCUGAGCGAGUGCUAGGAUUGCUUUGGGAGCCCAAGGAAGACGCGUUCAUCUUCACUAUGGGGCUGAAAGAAAAGCUGAUUCCAUACCUUGUGGACGAAAUUCGACCGACCAAACGCAUCAUUCUGCAGUGCGUCAUGAGCUUCUACGAUCCUGUAGGAUUCCUCUCUCCCUUGCUGGUGCAUGGCAAGAUCAUCAUUCAGGAGACCUGGAGAAGCGGGACGGAGUGGGACGAACCGGUAACUGAUGAAAUCUUUGAAAGGUGGUUAAGCUGGACGAGAGUUCUUCCAAAUAUCGAGAAGGUGAAAGUUCAGCGUUGUUUCUUCGGGAACGAAUCCAUCAAGAACAUAUCUUCGCUUCAGCUACAUAUCUUCUGCGACGCCGGAGAUGAUGCCUACGGUUGCGUCGCAUAUCUACGGUAUCAAGUAGCGGAAGAUGUCCGCUGUUCUCUGGUGGGUUCCAAAGCUAAGGUUGCCCCUCUGAAGCUGACUUCAACGCCUCGACUAGAACUGCAAGCAGCGGUAAUCGGGGCAAGGAUGAUGAAUACGCUGCUGGUAACCUUGCCGGUCCCGAUUCAGGAGCGAUAUCUACAACCGGAAGUACAAACCGUACGUAGCGCAUCGAAUUGCAGAAAUACUACACACGACGGAGGUCAAUACCUGGAGAUACGUUCCAUCCAAGCAGAAUGUGGCAGACGAUAUAACGAAGUGGGGGCCGCGAACAACAGUGGAAUCGGAAGGCAGAUGGUUUAA